UAAAGCCCAGACUCCAACAGACUCGACGCGCGGUGCUCACGGUUGUGAAGCGUAUUCGGUUGCAUGAAGCCGGCAGGUCCCACCUAGCAGACAACGUAAAGGCUCCUUUUGAGCUGCGCAGCGAAAGGCGUGAUUUGACGCUUGGUAGCGGUUCAGGUUACCUGUAUCAACAAGGCUGCACAUCGACGCGACCACCGAUACAAGCGAGCUCUGGGAUCGAGCCAUCAUGCCUGUGGCCGCUACUAGCACUGAGCCUGCUGCUUCACAGGUUCUGGACACACUGAGCGAUAGCACCAGCUCCACCACAGCGAAUGAUCUCGAUCUAAUCUUCCUCAAGGGCAUCAUGGAAAGUCCAGUGAGUGCCGAGAGCCCAGAGGAGCCUCGGCUCGAGGCGGUGAGGGAUAAUAAUUUGGAGCUGGUGCAGGACAUCCUGCGGGAGCUGAGUCCGAUCACCCACCGCAGCAACACAGCUGCUGAGCUUUCGCGCAUCCUUAACCAGCCCCACUUCCAGUCUCUUCUGAAGACCCAUGACUCUGUGGCUUCUCGGACGUGUGAGACUCCGCCUCCUAGCCCAGGGGCUUUUAGGGAGGCCACAGUCGCUCUCCCGCCUGUCCCCGCAGAUGCUGUACGCAUGGUGGGCAUCCGCAAAGUGGCCGGAGAGCACCUGGGCAUCACCUUCCGGGUGGAGAACGGAGAGCUAGUGAUCGCCCGUAUCCUGCAUGGUGGGAUGAUUGACCAGCAAGGCCUCCUCCACGUGGGCGACAUCAUAAAGGAGGUGAACGGCAAAGAUGUUGGCGACGAUCCGCGGGCGCUGCAGGACGUGCUGCAGGAGGCCAGUGGAAGCGUGGUGCUUAAAGUUCUCCCCAGCUACCAGGAGCCCCAGCCUCCCAGACAAGUCUUCGUGAAGUGCCACUUUGACUAUGACCCGGUCAGUGACAACCUCAUUCCCUGCAAAGAGGCUGGCCUCCGCUUCUGUGCAGGAGACAUUUUGCAGAUCGUCAACCAGGAGGACGUCAACUGGUGGCAGGCUCAGAGGGUUGAAGGUGGUAGCGCUGGACUCAUCCCCAGUCAGCUGUUAGAGGAAAAGAGGAAAGCGUUUGUGAAGAGAGAUGUGGAGCUUCCACCUGCAGGCACUCUGUGUAGUGGCAUUGGAGGCAAGAAGAAGAAGAAAGUGAUGUAUUUGACCACCAAAAAUGCAGAGUUUGACAGGCACGAGCUGCUGAUCUAUGAGGAGGUUGCCAGGGUGCCUCCGUUUCGGAGGAAGACACUGGUACUGAUUGGUGCUCAGGGAGUGGGCCGGCGCAGUCUGAAGAACAAGCUGCUAGUGUCCGAUCCUCAGCACUAUGGAACCACCAUCCCCUAUACCUCUAGGAAGCCCAAGGCAGGUGACAGGGAGAAUAUGAUGUAUGCCUUCACGUCCAGGAGCAAGAUGGACAGCGACAUCAAGGCAGGCCGCUACCUGGAGCACGGCGAGUACGACGGCAACCUCUACGGCACCAAGAUCGACUCCAUUCACGAGGUGGUGGAGGCAGGACGCAUCUGCAUCCUGGACGUCAACCCACAGGCUCUGAAGGUCCUGAGGACGUCGGAGUUCCUGCCUUACGUGGUGUUCAUCGAGGCUCCAGAGUUCGAAGUGCUGAAGUCCAUGAACAGCUCAGGCGUGGAAUCAGGAGUAGCCACCACGCAGCUCACGGAUGCUGAGCUGAAGAGGACAGUUGAUGAGAGCACGAGGCUUAAGAGAACAUAUGGACACUACUUUGAUCUCAUCAUUGUAAACGAAAACCUGGAUGAGACCUAUCACAGUCUCAAAGCCUCCAUGAAGAAGCUGAAUGGCGCCCCCCAGUGGGUGCCUGUUAGCUGGGUGUUUUAAGCACCACACAUCAAAAGACAUAUAGGACGUGUGAAACCCUGAACGACAGAGCUUACCCAUUUUCGGUUAAUUUACAGUCGAAUUAAAUGUAUUUUAAUUUUUAAGACGAGGGUUUUCACAAGUUCAAAUGUGGUCCUGGUGGUGUGUGUGUGUGUUUGUGUGUGUCUGUAGUUUCUGCCCUCAUCCUGCGAUACACGUGUUUAUUGAGCGGCAAAGUGAUGUGUAGGAACAGGAUCGUAUAUUGUUUAAAUUACGCAAACCUGAACUCGAGCGCAUGUAAAGUUGCAUAUACUGGGGGAUACAUCGUUGAGUCUAGCAUGUUUCGCUGCACAGAUUAUGAGUCGUCCUGUUCUCCAGCUGUUUUAGUGGGACCAAACUGCACGUUUGGAUGGACAACGAAACACGCUCUUAAGACCUAAUCACUGGCGGUAGAAUGGCAGACUUGAAGUCUUACCACUUUCCCGCAAUAUCUCCACAGCAAAGGCAGUAGAUGCCGGUCCGACGUUUUCCUGCCAAAUUCUAUUUUUAUUACAAGGUUCUAUUUUGUAUGGACUCCCAGUGGCUUUUGUAAAGAUUUUCAUGCAUGUCACGCACGUAUAGCGGUUUUAUUAUAAUUUAUUUGGAGCAUAUUAGUAAUGGGUCCAUUUAUUCGUUCACAUAGUCUCGCUUUCAGAAUGAAAUCAUCGUACAUAGCAACUCAAAUGAGUGUACGUUUCCAGUAUGUCAAGUUAAAUGUGAGGAAAUCUCGAUCUAACGUCAAACACCCAAACGACCGCGUAAGUAGCGUACAACAGUGAGCAUGACGUCGUAUGCUGUGACGCUGUCCGUGACGUGUUCACCCAUCGCAUGGAUCUUGGUGGCUUUAACUCGUCCGUUCCUCUGCUAAGAUUCAUUAUGUGCUUGAUCGACUGACGGCAGGCAUGGCUAUUCAUUGGUAUGAUACACGUCUAUGAACCAUACUUUAAAAAUACAACAAAACUGGUUUACAAUUGUUCAUGAAGUUUGAGUGCAUUAAAUUGGUGGCAGCUAUUAUUUAAUUAAGGGCAUAUACUGGAGAUAUUUGAAUAAAAAACAUUGGAUUUGUUUUGGAUAUCCUUUCUUUUCUACCUGAUGUUCAUUAAAUGUAUAGGCCAGAAGAGAUGAUCUUUGUCCUGCUCUGCUUGCCAUCGCUGUGUGUGGUUUAAAGGGAACGACAUUUUCUCAAAUAAAAAUCUAGAAGUGAAUUGUG